AUGUCGGAUGGACAGAGGAGCUCUGGGAGCCGGUCGAUUGGGGUACAUUCGAUGUUGAAUCCGUCUAGCGAAGACCAGACGGGACAACAUGGGAGGCGACGGAGUGCUGCGCAGAUGGAAGCGUCCUCAACCGAGACAACACCAUAUUUACUCCCCAGGCCUCUGAGCCGCAUGCCUAGCGAGGAAAGCGCCAUGAGCGAUAUAUCGCCGGUUAAAUUUGAAUCCAGAGCAAAUGGGGACGGGAGAAAGAUUUUGACGCCACGAUCUCCGACCGUUCGCCGUGGCCCGUUGGGCCAACCUACAGGGUCCAUCGACGCACAUCAGACUCCGUUUAUUACCGCAGGUAGCGGACGAAGCUUUCCGGAGCCCGUCCCGUCUCAACCACUUCUCGCUUCUAUAUCUGGAUACCGCCAAUCCCACUUUCCACUACCGAAGGCACCGACUCCACCUCUGGCUCAUAGUCGUCGUCCCAGUCUCGGCAUCAUUCCUUCUUCCGCGGCCGCCAGCCCAGGCGCUAGCACCAACUACUCUUCCUACAGCCAAGGACAGACUUCUCCAGCAACGCCAUAUGGUGCGCAUUCCAACAACCCGACCCCACCCGGAUCCUUCCAGUUGGGCCCCACUCCCGCUGGCCCCCUGAGUGCUAUUCCUCAUCAAGGACUCGAUCAAUCCUCAUCAGCGCAUCCUUCACGUUCCUAUCCUGGCACUCCAACCUACCGUCACAAUUCCAUCCCAGUCGCGGCCGCGUCCCAAUCGAUCCAAGUGUUCACCAUAUCCACCGCCAAGGGACCCGUUCAAGUUCCAGUCGACGUGCAGGCGGCCUCCCGAGUCGCGGAUGAAAAACGCCGCCGGAACGCGGGAGCCUCUGCUCGAUUCCGCGCACGUCGCAAGGAGAAAGAGAGGGAGGCUAGCACAACGAUCUCGAGGCUCGAGCAACGACUGCGAGAUGCGCUGGAGGAUGCUGAAUUUUACCGCUCGGAAAGGGAUUUCUUAGUAGAGGCGGUGUGCCGAGUUCCUGGAGGUGCAAGGGAAUUCUUUCCCCGACCCGAGUCUCCUUGCAGAAACCGGAGAGAAGUUUCCGCAACCCCCACCGGGGAAGACCGAACGGAUGACGGAUCUACUAGUCCGCCUCCGUAUGAGGUUUCGGCCAGGGAAAGAGAAAGAGAACGACGAAGAGAUGCCGAUGCAGCAAGGAAAGGCGAAGAGAGGAACACCCGAAGGAGAACAGAGGGAUACGACGCUCCGCAAGGAACCAUUGAGAUCUAUCCCAGCGAUGACAAGCAACCGUUAUACUCAGCAUCUCACCCACUCCAGCAUCCCUCGCCGCAUUCGCAUCCUGUAAGCCACGAGCCGUCGCAGCACCCCUCAUUCGCUCCCCAAUUGCCUGCUUAUCAGGACCGGUAUCCGAACCACUUGUCCCAGUCGGUGCCACGGUACGGAGCACCUCCACCUGCAUUCGCACGCCAUGCGCAGGCGCAUGAUACAUCGGCAUCCCAACCGAGGCAGCCCAAUCCUAAUUCCGGUGGACGAACGGACCGAUCCGCUGAUGGGGGGUACCCCUCGUAUGGCAAAGAAGCGCGGUAG